UCGCUCUUACUACGACACAAAAUUGACAGGAGUGGCCAUCGCAGCUGCACUUUGUUUUGAUGAACUGUGGAGAUUAGCCUAAUUUUGUCUACAUUUCCACAUUCAUUGAUAUUAUUUUCAGUUCUGUUUUUUGCAUGGCAUGCAUUUGUUUGUGGUGACUUGUUACUUCAUUCCUGUGUUGGAUCGCGUUGAACCCGGAGGAAAUAUCUGCGUUUGAGCAUUUGGUUGUUUUUUUUCAUACGGUGAAAAUGUCUGAUGUUCGUCUUUCAAAUGGAAGCCCGACCCUGGAAAGGAUGGAGGCGAGAUUGUCGGAUCACCCAAAACCCUCAGCUUGCAGAAUGCUUUUCGGGCCGGUGGAUCACGAAGAGUUAAAGAGGGACUUAAAGGGACAUUUACAAGAGAUGGCAGAGGCGUCGUUAGAGAGAUGGAACUUCGAUUUUCUAAGUCACAAACCGAUUCAGAAUGGGAGAUUCGAAUGGGAGGAGGUGGAUUGUAAUAGUAUACCAAAUUUCUACAGCGGUUCUGAACUAGAGGGCAAAGGCAUUUGCACAUCUGGGAAUAACAAUGUAGAUCUUAAUGGGAAUCAUAAUUGCGUGGUGGUGGCUCCGUCACGGCUAACUGAGACGAACGCGGAGAACUGUGAAAGUCAAAUGGACUGCAGAGAUCCGUGUUUUGGACAGAGGAAACGACCAGCAUGUCAUGACUCCUCGUCUCAAACUAAACGGUCACACACAAGUUUGGAUGAAGUUACCUGUUGCUCAGACUUGACACAUAUGGUAGAGCACACACCCAGGAAAUCGAGCCCUCCAACACAAACGUAAACAUCAUAUAAGAACUGAAGAUCUCAUCUUCCCUUUUACGACCUCAGUGCUUGGUGAAUUAAAGAGGAGCUUCACGAAAGACAGAAAAAGAAAGGAUAAUAAUAAUAAUAAAAAUAAUAAUAAUAGUAAUAAUAAACAUAUCAACUGUCCAGUGAAUGGGGACACUGUACAAGCACUGAUGUAAACACUAAAGUUCUGGCACUCAAAAAGUAACUGCCUGUAAAGCAGUCAAUGUAGCAGUGUGCAAUUAGGUUUUAUUUCCUUUUUUGCUCAUUUUCUUACUACCUGUGUAUAUAUAUAUUUCCUUUACAUAUGUAGCACAUAAUGCGUAUUAUGGUUAAAAAAAUCCUCUAUGGAGAAGGUGUGAAUUUGAUUGACUUGAAGAAUUGCAGUGUAGUUUUGUAAUUGUUUCCAAAAUGCUGUUCAUUUGUUUUGUUUUUGAAGGCAGUGUGUCCCCUUUUGGAAUGAUUAUAAAUAACCUUAAACCUA